UGUCAUCUGGCAGCCUCUUCCUCCUUCUUCUUUUCUUCUGCCGUCGCUGCUGACCUGCAUGCAUCCCAGGUCCAGGUCAGUCUUUUUUUGGAUCAGAACCAUGGAGAGACUGGACGCCAUCCGGCAGUUUAAUUUACUCAGCUGGCUCCGAGGGGAGAGACAAUCUAGGAAACUCAUUCUCGUCAUUGUUUUUGUGGCUCUCUUGUUGGAUAACAUGCUGCUCACCGUGGUCGACUCCCUGAUAUGCCCAACAGUGCCCAUCAUCCCGAGCUACCUGUACAGCCUGGACGUGUCGGCAGCCGUGGUGUUGAACACCUCAUCACAGCAGCAGACACCCCCAGCGAGGUCGUCAGGCUCCAACGUCACAGCCGGGUCGACAGACGCUCCGACUUUCACCACUGCCGCCGCCGAGCCGCCGGACAACUCUUCCGACUGCCCCAACUCGACCGGCAAGGUGGCGACCGAGAAUGUCAAAGUGGGCUUGUUGUUCGCCUCCAAGGCCACAGUGCAGCUGAUAAUCAACCCCUUCAUUGGACCGCUCACCAACAGGAUCGGAUACCAGCUUCCGAUAUUCAUUGGCUUCUGCAUCAUGUUUAGCUCUACAAUCAUGUUUGCCUUCUCCUCGAGCUACGCGUUGCUGUUUGUGGCCAGAUCCCUGCAAGGUGUGGGCUCCUCCUGCUCAUCUGUGGCCGGGAUGGGCAUGCUUGCAAGUGUGUACACAGAUGAUAAGGAGAGAGGACAUGCUCUAGGGAUUGCCCUCGGAGGUCUGGCAAUGGGAGUUUUAGUUGGACCCCCAUUUGGUAGCGUGAUGUACGAGUUUGUGGGGAAGACUGCUCCUUUCCUCAUUCUGGCAUUCCUGGCGUUGUUUGAUGGAGCUCUACAGCUCUUUGCACUUCAGCCCACCAAAGUAGAACCAGAGAGCCAAAAGGGGACCCCACUGUUGACCCUCAUGAAGGAUCCGUACAUUUUAAUUGCAUCUGGGGCCAUUUGUUUUGGGAACAUGGCCAUCGCCAUGCUGGAGCCAACCCUGCCAAUCUGGAUGAUGGAGACCAUGUGUUCCAGGAAAUGGCAGCUAGGAGUCGCUUUCUUGCCGGCAUCCAUCUCCUACCUUCUUGGAACCUACAUCUUUGGAACACUGGCAACCAAGAUUGGGAGAUGGCUUUCUGCCCUCAUCGGAAUGGCGUUGGUGGGGGUCUGUGCGAUAGGGGUUCCAUUUGCAACAAGUAUUUAUGGUCUCAUUCUCCCAAUGUUCGGGAUUGGUUUUGCUAUCGGCAUGGUGGACUCUUCUAUGAUGCCAAUCAUGGGAUACUUGGUGGAUUUGCGGCACGUGUCAGUUUAUGGAAGUGUGUAUGCCAUUGCUGAUGUGGCUUUUUGCAUGGGAUUUGCUUUGGGCCCGUCUAUCGGAGGAUCCAUCGCUGAGACUGUAGGCUUCCUCUGGCUGAUGACCAUCAUUGGAAUCGUGGACAUUAUCUUUGCUCCGCUUUGUCUCUUCCUCAGGAACCCCCCGGGACAACAGGAGCAAGCGGAGAUCCUCACCAGCAAGAAUUCCGAUUGUCUGUGUGACCCCGAAUCACUCCCCCAAGGCCUGGAGGAAUGUGACGUGACACCAAAAUGGAGCUCUUUGGCAUCGAGUGGAGCGGACGCGUUAGGAGGCGGACCAAUGGGGAAUAUGAGUGAAUGAAACCCUCAGAAGCUCUUUUUAGAAGGCUCUUGACAUUUUUGAUAAAAGGCCGCUUUUAUCGCAUCACUCCACUCUUUUGGGAAAACAUCCAUUUUUCACCUUUCAUGACUUCAUUAGAAAAAAGGCAUGUUUUGUUUUGAAAGUUGUGCAUGGAGCACAACUGCUAGAUUCCAACUGUCAUCCCCAGGCAGGCCACAGAGGGACGCCCCAUUUUAUUCAAGAAAAGGCCGUGAGGGGGGGUGGGCGCUGGACACGAUCAGACUGGAUGGAACACAACCAAGUCCGAGGCCACGUUUAGCCUGUGAGUGUUCUGGGUUUUGAUGUUUGCUGUGCAUUCUUUUAUAUUGUUCUUGUUGUUCCUCUGUUGCCUGCCCGCGGACGACAGCUGGAAUCCAGCAGUUGUGCUAUAAUCUGACAUACAGUGUUCCCUCGUUUAUCACGGGGAUAGGUUCCCAAAAUGGCCCACAAUAAGUGAGGUAGCAGUGGAACCCCUCACCAGACAAUUUCACUCGAAUUUUAAAGAUCAACCUACUGGGUUGGACACAAGAAAUAAUGAAGUGGCUCACGCGUAUUUCACUCCCCUGACCGUGCCUCGUCGUCCCGGUGCCGUGCAGCUGUGGCGUUUUCGCAAUCCUUGUUCAAACAUAUCGCUCAUGUGGUGGUGUUGUGCUCACAUGGUUAGCUUCUUCUGUUGUUCUUGUGUUCAUUGGCGGUUAGCUAGUUUGGUAGCCAUGACCACACCAGGACACGGCUGGAAGGAGAUUGACUGACAGUGGUCUCCAGCUAAUCAGGACGCAGAAGACAAUGGGCGGUGCAGACAGGAGAGAGUAGAGCGACACCGCCAACUACAACACUCAACUUCCCACAAUGCAAUUCUUAAAGGGCCAGCCUUGGCCUGUAACAGCGUUCAUAGGCUGUAAAAAAAACCCAAACUGUGAAAGGUUAAGCGUGAACAUCUGUACUGGUUGCAGAUGUUCACUACUGUGCAUUGUCCCUCAUACAUGAAUGGAACGUUACUGACACCUGGUGACCAGUGUGGAAUACUACCCUAAUGCUGCUGUUUGUGGUUAAGGAGAGACUCACCAUGCACUUCUGUGACUUUAACAACUUCUUGCAACGACAGGAGACCACCUCAACACCUGACCCACUACCUCCCUCCUCGCCUGGCCUACAGGUCGAUGGAUGAUGCAGUCAACAUGGGACUGCGCUACAUCCUGCAUCACCUCAGCUCCCAGGGACCUACGACUUCAGCUCGGCCCUCAACACCACCAUCCCUAAGAUUCUCCACCAAAAGCUCCCCCUGCCAAUAAACCUGAUUCUGAUUCUCAUUUACUAACAAGCAGAGAACACGCAGUGAAUAUUCACACAGGAGCUGCCGUCGCCCACAACUCACGCCAGUCGCUGCACUCUCCGCACUGCUAACACUCAGUCGUGACCUCCAGCGUUUACUGGGGGGGGUUUGCAUCUGAGUGUGAAGCUUCUGGGAUGAGACUCAGCACCUCCAAAUCUGAGGCCAUGGUUCCCAGUCGGAAAAGGGUGGAUUGCUCCCUCCGGGUUGGGAAUGAGGUCCUGCCCCAGGUGGAGGAGUUCAAGUAUCUCGGGGUCUUGUUCUCGAGUGAGGGAAGGUUGGAGCGUGAGGUCGAUAGACGGAUCGGCGCAGCGUCUGCAGUAAUGUGGUCGCUGUACCGGACCGUCGUGGUGAAGGGAGAGCUGAGCCGGAAGGCAAAGCUCUCAAUUUACCGUUCGAUCUAUGCUCCCACCCUCACCUAUGGUCAUGAGCUUUGGGUCGUGACCAAAAGAACAAGAUGGCGGAUACAAGCGGCUGAAAUGACAGGGUGAGGAGCUCGGUCAUCCGGGAGGAGCUCAGAGUAGAGCCGCUGCUCCUUCACAUCGAGAGGAGCCAGCUGAGGUGGCUCGGGCAUCUAGUAUGGAUGCCUCACGGAUGCCUCCCUGGUGAGGUGUUUCGGGCAUGCCCAGCUGGGAGAAGGCCCCGGGGAAGACCUAGGACACGCUGGAGGGAUUAUGUCUCACAGCUGGCCUGGGAACGCCUUGGUGUCCUCCUGGUGGAGCUGGAGGAGGUGGUCGGGGACCGGGAAGUCUGGGCUUCCCUACUGAGACUGCUGCCCCCGCGACCCGGACCCGGAUAAGCGGAGGAAAAUGGAAUGGAAUGGAAUGGAAUAGAUAUCUAUCUAUAUAUAUAUAUAUAUAUAUAUAUAUGGAUGGAUGGAUGGAUGGAUGGAUAGAUAGAUACUGUAGAUAGAUAGAUAGAUAGAUAGAUAGAGAUAGAUAGAUAGAUAGAGAUAGAUAGAUAGAUAGAGAUAGAUAGAUAGAUAGAUAGAUAGAUAGAUAUAGAUAGAUAGAGAUAGAUAGAUAGAGAUAGAUAGAUAGAUAGAUAGAUAGAUAUAGAUAUAGAUAGAUAGAUAGAUAGAUAUAGAUAUAGAUAGAUAGAUCAAUCAAAUGUAAAUAUUAGCCAAUGACAACACAACUCAACACUUGAUGCACUUUUUCCAUGAAAGCUUUUAUUCUGAAGGGAUAAAAACAUCCAAAGCUACAUGUCCCUGUGUGAAAAAGUGAUGCCCCCCCUUUAAAACAAAGAGAUUAAAAAGCAAAGCACGUUGGUGAGCUCCCUCGUUUAAAGCAUCCAAACUAACGAGCAUCCCUCUGAAAAGAACGGCCAUCAAGAACGCUCAGGAAGCGGAAUGGCUCAAAUUCCAAGGCUGCUGAGAAGACAGGAGAAAAAGCUUUGCACCCCCAGUGUGGCCAUGUUGGGCAGGUCCAGGUGCUGUUCCAUGUCCCGGGGGCUCGCCUUCCUUUUCCAUAUUUGGAUGUGACGUCAUUGAGCCGCUUGGAUGCUCGCUGGAAAAUGCUUCAUUUAGGCUAAACGUCCUUUUUGGCUUGUAAAGAAUGACGCUCCAGCUGACCAAGAAUAUUUUUUAAAUGAAUCUUUUUAAUUCUUGCAAAAUUCUACAUCCACAAAUGUAACUUUGCCAAAGUGAAACCCCUUUUUGAUGUUUUCAUGAAAGUGAAGCUGUCCCUCCAAUCGAUAUCGUCGAAGAAGAAGCUUCAAGACUAGAAAUGUGUGCUCCCACUUCAUUCCUUCAUUCUUUCAUUCUCAUUCUCCCCUGGCGCAUCUCACUAUCUUCAUUUGAUUUACUUUUCCUUCAUCUUGAUUUCUGUAGGAUUUGGUUUUGUUAUCCAACUUAGGCUGGUUUGAUGAAAAACUUCAGCAAAUGUGCUCCAAUGUGAAUUUAUUGUUGAAAAAUGUUCUUGUACUUCCUUCUAAUGCCUUUUUCAUCCAUUGUAGCAUCUUUCCAACUUCCUUCCUUACAUUUUCUACUCAUGACGUUUAACAACUUUCAUUUACAUUCUUUUGCACAUCAUUUUCAUCUUUUAUUUUCCAACCAGUUCAACUUUCUUCUUGGACAUUUUCUUCUCGUCGCAACAAUUUGUUCUGCCGACCAAUUUGCCAAAAAGUCCGUUUUACAAUAUUGACACUUAGAAUGACCACUUUAUUCAACUCUAUUGAUGGAAAGUUGCUGUGUUGGACUAUUUUUCUUUUUUUAGGCUUUUCCUGCUCUGCAGGGUGGAAGAGGAAAAAGAGGGAGGGGGGCUGCAUGGGGGUGUUAGCCCAGUACCACCAACACAAUCAGGCUGAUGGCCAUGAGGGAAGGCAGGCCCAAACCACCACGUAGCCCCCCCACACCACUGAUGCACUCCCUGGCUGUGAUGUUGGUGUCCUCGCCUUGGCAGGCCUUCAUGGUUUCAUUGACCUUAGUUCUGCAUUUGUUGUCCGGGUGGAUCCAGUUGCAGCCAUCAGUCUUUUCACUGUUAGUCAGAUUUCAGACUUUGUACCAUGCAGCCCAUGUGUAGGAGACUACUUUGGAGACCUUUAGAGGGCAGACAAGGACAAAGUCAGUUAGCGGUGGCUGUGUUUCAACAUGGGUGGGGGGGGUCCACUGAGAAUGCCAAGUAAUUCUACUAGUGUGUGUUGGAAACGCCCCCCUAAGGCCGCCUUCCAUGUUUCACACUGGAACUGAACAUUAGCAUGAAUGUGAACAUGUGGAAAGUAUCCAGUAGCAGUAAAUGUGAUAUCAAGAUAUCAAUAUACAACUUAUUUCACUUGACUCGUGUCUAAACCUGCAUGAUAUACUUGUGGAUAUGUAGAGUACAGCUAUUGUAUACUUGCAGGAGUUUUCUAUGUACUUCAUGGCUGACAUGUGGAGCAGCUUUACACUUGCUUACUUGCCACUUUAGUGAUGAAGCGUUUGUCUGCACAGGAGACGCUGACACAAUUUGGUUUAAAGUUCCAGCCUUUCAUGGCGGCGGCGUCAAGUACACCUUGACAGCAGUUCAGAGUACUUCCUGAGAAUAAAAGGCAGGAUGAAAACAUGAGGUCAGUGGUGUAAACAAAGCCACGACAUCAACAACAGGUCCAAGUCAUGUUCUAGUCAGCAAAGCCACAGUAAAAGGGAAGUGGAAGUGUGAAUCGGCCUUGAAAGUCCAAUGGAUGUAUUUGUAUGUGAAACGUGUUCCUUUCUCCAAACAAAUGGAAGAAUGGAUCAUCCACACACGCACUAACAUACUUGGCAAAGCUCAACCAAUGGAUGUCAUCUUGGCACACGGCUAACGACAGCUAAGCAGACUUGUUGCUGCCAUGUCAUGUCUUUAAAGAGCAAAGAUGGACGGAUGGAACACACCAGCUCCCUCUCUUGCAGGCAGCUAGCUUAGCUACACGUCAACACUAGCUAAUCAUUCGGGUGGAAAGGAAUCCAAUAGAGCAUUAGCACUCAUCAAAGCCUUACUUGGUGCGUGACUAUGUUGUGGAUGUUGGCUAAGCUGACAUCCAUCAUGGACAACACCUCUCACCCGCUACAUGACACUGUGGGUUCCCUUAGCAGCUCCUUCAGCAGCAGACUGUUACACCCACGGUGUAAGAAGGAGAGGUUCCGCAGGUCCUUCAUACCGACCGCUGUCAGGCUCUACAACACCUGCACCACCUGAACCAUGUUGUAGUCACUAUGUAUUCUUUACUUGCGUAUCUUGCUUGCUGCUGUAACAAGUGAAUUUCCCCGCUGUGGGAUAAAUAAAGUACAAAUACAAUACAAUACUAUGAUCUGAUGGACUCUUUUGGACGAGUCUUACUGAUAUUGAAAGGACGUCUUGGUCUUACCGAUGGCACAGCAGGUGGCCAGCUGCACGAGCACAGGGAUCAUUUGAAGAAGAAGAAGAAUGGAUGAUGAUCGGGCGUGAAGAACGAGGCUGUCGGGCUCUUUCAGGCGAGAUGUAGAGUGACUGUCCGACGGUGACGUCCCUUUUAUAGGCUUCAUCAUCCCGCAUCAUUUCCAGCAACGCCAUGUGAUGCCAUCACAAGGCAGCCCGAGUGCUUUGAGUGCUUAGAUGGUCUUUGAAAGCGUCUUGGAGGUUGCCAUGGCAACCAGCACACAAAUAAACACUCCUUUGCCUUUUCUCACAAAGACAAAGAAAUGCUGACAAAGUGGUUUCAGGUUUCCUGCACGGUUAUGAAGGACGAAUCCACUAGUCGUUCCUUUAUUGGCUUUUCACAUUAAAAGCAAACUAAGGAAAACAAAAUAAGGCCUCGCUUUUUCAAGACUUCUUUUCAGAGCAAAACAAAGAAACGGAUAACAAAUCAUUUUUCCAAUGUUCUAUUUUGGGCACAAUUGGAAAACGGACAAAACGGGUCACGGACGACUCGGCGUGUGACUCGUUUAUCGGUGUUUGACAUGAAAGCCCAAAGUGAAAAAGAAGUGCUCCUAUUUUCCAUCCAUGUUUUCAGAGCAAAAGCAAACAAGGAAUAAGAAACGUUUGUUCCAAAGUUGAAUGUUUGCUAGUUUGAGUCCAUCAAGCAUCUUCUUCUUCUUCUUCUUCUUGCGUUUAAAUAAAACAAUAAAACUCUUGAAUCUGGAAUGUGAAUCUGGAUUGUUCUUCCUGUUCCGUUCUAUGCGGUGCAACUAGAAACAUGACUUGCUUCAUCAAGUGUUUUUCUCUCCGACUAAACCAAAGACGUUGGCGUCCAUGUGAGGACAACAGGUGACCUUGAAUGUGGAAUGUGUGAUGAAAGAAAGACAAAUGCCAUGAGACCAAUCAUCCACAUGUCAGCACAUGAAGAAGAAUGAAAUCAUGAAAGCAUCCAUCCAUCCACAGCUGGACUACAAUGACUUGCUGUGCAAAAUGAUGCUCAUGAAAGACGUUGGAAACGUGCUGACCGUGUUCAGUAAGUACAUCGAUAUCUCACCACACCAGGAAAUGACAAAGUCACCAUGAUUGGGUUGCUUUCAUUUGAUGCAUGAAGGUUCCAAUGGAAAACAUCUCAUGAAUCAUCCUUUCACACGUCCACACGUCCAAAAGGAGGAGGACGAAAGCAAAGCUGAUUGAAUCCUACCCCCCAUCCAUUCCACAUCUAGUACAGUACUUAUGAUUCACUUCCUGCCUUCCAUGGAAUACUAUUCCAUAUACCAAUCAGUGGCAUCAUCAAUCAUCAGCCAUAAAAACAAUCAUGGUGAUGAUCAAGACUCUUCUGCUUGGAUUUAGCAAACAUCACCUGCUUGUAUUGUUUUUAAUGUGCUCAUCUCGCUACUUUGUUGGACUUCCUUAUCAAUCCGUUCCAUCAUUUCAUUGGGCGUCCUGAAAUGCUGUGGCUUCCCAGCCUUGUUCUGGCAUACAAGUGCUUUCACUUUCCUUUUCCUCUAAGAUCAUAUUUCUCCUCUCUUGUAGACAAAUAUGGUACUGGGUCCCAAUAUGGACCCCUGGGGUACUCCACAUGUAGUAUUUACACCAGAUGUGUAUUCUCCUAGCUUCACACUUUGCUUCCUGGUUGCUAGGUAGCGUUGAACCCAAUUCAAGACUAAUCCUGUGAUUCCGUACCUUUCUACCCUCAACUCAAAUGUAAACGCAACACUUUUGUGAAAGAUGUAAACGUUGUUCCACAUCCACAAUAUCAGCAUUUCUCUCCUGUACUGGUGACAAAUGUGUCUAAAUGUGUGCUGGUGAGCUCAUCCACCCCCCCUCACAGGUGUGCAUAUCAACAUGCUGAUUGGACGCCAUGAUUAGUGACAGGUGGGCCUUAGACUGCCCACAAUAAAAGGCCACUCUGAAACGGUGGUUUUUGAUCUUUGAGUUCAUCUCAUAAGAAAUGGGAGCAAAAACAAAAGUGUUGGGUUGAUAUUUUUGUUGAGUGUCAUUUUGUUGCUAAAAUGUUGUGAUGAAUCAUAUGGAAGGCUUUUGGAACAUCCAUGAAUCCUGCAGCUGCACACCUUCUGUGGUCUUCAGCAGUGGUCCCCAACACCCGGGCCGCCGUGGGUCAUUUGGUACCGGGCCGCACAGAGAGAAAAAAUCAUUUCCAUGAUGUUUUAUUUUGAAAAGUGGCCAGAUUCUUAUGACUUAUUGAGUGCUAAUGUGCACAUUUGUCUCAAGCUAAUUCAUGCUAGCACUGCCUUUUAGCACACACGUCAAACAGCCAUGUCAUCAUCUCUCUGGAAACACUUGAACUGGUGGAUGGGGGGGGUCACCAUUCAUGUCUUAGUUUUACACAAUACAUCAUAAAGAAGAUACAUUACAUCACUAUCAUGGACGACCCCCCCUGUCAUUUGUGAUGUGAAUAAAAAAGGAGUCGGGUCUACUGUAUGUCUUUUUCACAUCCAAUUGUUGAAGUGUAAACAAAAAGUGUCCAAUUGUAGAUGUUCUUGUGACAUGCUCAAGCUGUUUGCCUCCAUGUUGGGACACCUCGGUGUUCUUCUAGGUCCUUGAUGUCUUUGACAACAACAACUCUGGCCUUUGGUGAAGGUUUUGUGUCACGGGCUGGCAUGUGGCCAGUAACAGGAUUCCAAAAUGAAGAGUGGUCUACAACUUCUGUUGUACAAAAAUAUGUUUAUUGAUACAAAAGAAGAUACGUGACAGUCCAAUAACAAAAGGCGCCGGGUACAUUCACAGGAAAAAGGGGUAACAAAAAAUCACUGCACUAGCAGGAAAAAGUAAAACACAAGAAUGUCCAACUAUAAAUACAAACACCAAAAACUAAGGCAGCAGUAGCAAAGUCUAAGCAGAGCAAAAUACUAACAAAAAAUCCCUGUGGCAAAAAGUGCACACAGGAACAAAGCAAGGGUACUUAGAACGUGGGAGUUUGACCAGAAGCUACAGAAACACGGGAAGC